AUGUCAUCAUCAUCAUCAAAACCAUCAGGCAAUUAUCAAACAAAUUGUUGUUAUCAACAAUCAUCAUAUGGAAAUAAUGUUGGUCAAUAUUCACUUAUACCAACAUCACAUCAUCAUCAACAACUAGUCAAUAAUAAUGUUCAAUCAAUUUCACCAACAUCUUUAUCACUUGUUUAUGGUAAUCAACAACAACAACAAACUAAUUCAUCAAAUAUUCUUCAAGCACGUUAUCAAAAUGAACAAAUAAAUGAUAAAACAAGUAACAGUUUAACAUCAGUCAUAACUAAUGGUCAACAACAGUCAAUGAUAAAUCCUUCUACAACAUUAACAACUAGUGCAAGUUAUAGAAGAAAUUUUAAUGCAUGUGCUAAACCACCAUAUAGUUAUAUAUCAUUAAUUACAAUGGCAAUACAAUUAUCAGCAAAUCAUAUGUGUACUUUAUCUGAAAUUUAUCAAUUUAUUAUGGAUUCAUUUCCAUAUUAUCGUCAAAAUCAACAACGAUGGCAAAAUUCUAUUCGUCAUUCAUUAAGUUUUAAUGAUUGUUUUGUUAAAGUACCACGAAGUCCUGAUAGACCAGGUAAAGGUUCUUAUUGGGCUUUACAUCAAGAAGCAACAAAUAUGUUUGAAAAUGGAUGUUAUCUUCGACGACAAAAACGUUUUAAAUGUAAUAAACGUCUUGAACAUAAUCGUGAUUCGAAUAAUAAUAAUCGACGUCAUGGUAUAAAUAAUAGUCUAGAUAAAUCAACAGCAUCAACAGGUAGUGGACAACGAAGUCCAAUUUCGUCAGCAUCUGAUAAAUCAUGUGAUGAUCAAUUAUUACUUAUACAACAACAACAACAACAAAGAUCUAUUUAUAUGCAACAACAACAACAACAACAAUCAUUAGAAUCACCCGAUACUCGUAAUUUACAAAUUUCAUCAUCAACAACAAAUGUUGAUGUUAAACAACUUAAACAAGAACAGUGUGAUUUUAAUCAAAUGUCAUUUGAUCCACAUACAUUUCCAAGUUAUUCACCAUUUGCUAUAAAUACACUUAUUAUGCAUCAAGGUUUUAGUGAUAAUCCAGCAGCAUUAAAUGCUUAUUAUGCAUCACAAUUACCACAAACAGCUUUUGUUCCAUCAUCAUCAUCAGAUUAUUAUCAUCAUUCAACUAUGUAUGCAUCACAACCGACAACUUUGUGA